AUGAGUCAAAUUACAAGCCCUCACACACGUACAAUCGAUAAUAAUCAAGCAAGUACGUUAAUACCAUUGCAGGCUCACCAAAGCAAUCGUAAUAUUCAGCGCGGUGUUCUUACUCAAACGCAACAACGACAAAUUCACCAACCACAACCAAAUCAAAUUCUCUUACAGCAAUUACUUACUCCAAAUAAUCCACCUGGUCAACAACCUCAAUUACAAAUCAACUCGCAUUAUUCCAGCAUGUUGAACCAAUUCGUCAACGGUCAGAUCGUAAUUCAUCCACAGAAAUUAUAUUUUGGAGCUUUUGACGAUCUGGAUGAUAAUAACACCUUAACUAUUCUCGAAAAUGCUUAUAGAUAA